UUCAUAUAUAGCAUCUAUAGCCUCCUAGUUUUGAACCAUGUAUUCAUCAAAUGAAAGCGAUUUGCAGAAAUCUCAACCACCUCAAAACCACUACAAUUAUCAUAGCACUGAGGCUAUCGCUCCGGCCAAUAUUCCGGGAACUUGGUCUACUGGGCUCUAUGACUGCUUCUCUGAUGUCCCAAAUUGUUGCUUAACAUUGUGGUGUCCAUGCGUAACACUCGGACGGAUUGCAGGGAUUGUAGACAGAGGAUCAACCUCUCGCGAGGCAUGUGGAGCAUUAUAUGCAGUACUAAAUAUUUUGGGUUGUGCAUGCUUACACUCUCGCCUCUAUCGAUCAAGGAUGAGGAAGCAAUAUAAUUUGCCUGCAACCCCCUGUGGAGAUUGUUUGGUUCAUUUUUUCUGUGAACCAUGUGCCCUGUGUCAAGAGCACCGUGAGCUCAAAAAUCGUGGAUUUGACAUGUCGCUUGGCUGGCAAGCGAAUAUGGAUAAACAGAACGCUGGAGUAACCAUGGCUCCCAUUGUUCAAGGAGGAAUGGAUCGUUGAGUACCCCGUGGACAUCACACUUGAAUACUGUUGAUGAUUGAAUAAUGACAUCUAAAUCUUAUAAAAAGAUUGUAUCAUCAUUUCCUAUAUACUUCCUUUUAUUUUGUUGCAAGUUAUGAAUCAGUGUAAUUUUAUU